GGGAUUUUCCACGCCGAGCCACGACCGGCACACGCUGCCGCUGACAUCUUCUAUGCUGCGAUUGGCCGAGUAUUGCCGAGGGAUAAGCUACAUCAGGACUCGCAGCUCGGCACCAGUCCGUUCCACUCCGGAGCCCGCCCGUCCCGUCACUCCCAGCGCUCCUAGCGAUCCACGGCCACGAUCCUGUCCUGAACCAACCGAAAGACCCGUGCGACGAUAUCUCCUGCGAAGACCGCCCUCCCGUUCUCGAAAGUCCAAUUGGUUGUCCGCCAUCACCACCACGCUUCGACCACAUCACCACCCAACACCCGUCAUCACCACCACAAUCACCAGAAACAAUGGCUUCCGUCGCCCGUUCCUCUGCCCUCCUCAAGCAGGUUGCGGCCCAGCAGUCCGUUGCUGCCAACGGUCUCCGUGUUGCCGCCUUCCACACCACCUCCCGCAAGAGCUUGCUCCCCCCUCCUCCUCAGCGCAUUGAGGGUACAGUGAACGACCCCGUCGAGGUCCCCCCUCCCUCUCCUUCUCAUGGCUCCUACCACUGGACUUUCGACCGUGUUGUCGCCGCCGGUCUCAUUCCCUUGACCGUCGCUCCCUUCGCCGCCGGCUCUCUCAACCCCACCAUGGACGCCGUCCUCGCCGCCACCAUCCUUAUCCACUCCCACACUGGCUUCGGCAACAUCAUUGUCGACUACGUUCCCUCGAAGCGCGUCCCCAAGGCCCGCAAGGUCUUUACCUGGGGCCUUAACGCCGCCACCGUCCUCGUUGGCCUUGCCCUUUACGAGUUCGAGACCACCGAUGUCGGUCUUACUGAGACCAUCAAGCGCGUCUGGAAGGCUUGAGCGACUCUUUGCGACAGUUAUCGUUGCGAGGACCGGUUGGAAAGAUGAGGGCUGUUUGAUAUGCAUUGGGAACUACCGAAACUCCUAAGGCCUCCUACUUUUUUUUGGAUGGAGCAAAGGCCGGAAUGACGGGAAUAGGUGAGGGAGGGCACCUUCAAGAGGAACAGAAAGGGGUGGAAGAAGUUCUGUUUUGUCAUACCUCACGGCGUAAAAAGAAUAUACCUUUCUCUUUUGUCUCCAUGCGGCCUUCUUUUUUUUCUGCGCUGUUCAGGGGCUCAUGGCGCGCAGACGGUCUAGAUUGGAUUCAGUUCUCGAGUUUGGAUUGCUCGUCAGAUGUGACACCGGGAAGAGGUUGGUUAUGAGGGCACGAAGAGGGGCUGCUGGUACAGGAGCAAUCUAAACGCGCAAGUGCUGUUUUCCUUGGUGGCUUCAAGAUCGCAUUGAAGUCGGUGGAUUGCCCCUGAAUGGAGUUGUGCCUUUCAAGUGGAUGAUCAUGGUCUGGGGCUGGCGGAAAGCGAACACUGACAAGUUGGUUUCAGCCCCGGUCGUUGUAGUGUUCUUACAACAUAUCGAAAACAGAUGAAGAGGCACUGGCGGUUGAUCAAGUUAUAUCACUCGCUUUUCCUGAUUAUGGAACUAAAGCUAUCUCAGGGUGAUGCUGGUCGAGUAAGGUACAGUAUCUCAUCUGACCCUUCUCAGCUACCUAGAUACCUAACAAUGACGAUGGGAAUGUUUGACUAAUAAAGGAAAAUGGCGAGUGGACUGCUAUGGCCUUGCUCGUGCGUCCUCGGCAUUUGCCUGCCUGGCCUUAUGGAAACUUUCUUUUUCUGAGAGUUGUUCUUCUGGCCGACUGGAGUUUCCUAUUCCCUCAUCUCUUCACUUUCAUUUCAGCUUCACCCUAACUAGCACACAACGUGGGGCACUUCGAAGACAAUCCAGCCCCAGCAUACAAUAUAGCCUUCUCACAG